GGUGAUGUGAUACAAACAACCGCAGUUAUAUCAAGACGGUAGAGGAUUUUUGAAUGUGUACGAUCAUCAUAAUAAUAUAUCGUGUGAUGAAAAUAUUUUAAAACAAUUUAUUAUUUAAUCUACUUAGAUUAAUUUACAAUGCCGGUAGUAUCUUCUUGUUGUCGGGUUUGUUCCAAAUUAUUUGAUUCUCACGAUUGUCUACUAAAAUGCGAUCAGUGUUUUUUUUUUGUUCAUAAAAAUUGUUCAAAACUUUCUGCUGAAGAAUUGAAAUGUUUAGCAUCGGCAAAUAGAAGUUUAAAGUUUUAUUGUGAAGAUUGUGAUGUUGGUAGAUUAUCCAAAGGGUUUGAUAGACACAUAAACCAUUCUAUAGAGUUGACGGAGUCGGUUGCCGAAGACAGUGAUGUACACAAGAUAAAAACAUCUUUUGUAGAUCCAAUAGACCUUUUUAGUCAAUGGUACAACGAGCAUAUGGCAGUCAAUGUUAACGUUACUUCCGCUAAAGCAUUUAGUUUAGCAACCAUCUCUAAAACUGGGAAGGUAUCAUGCAGAAGCCUUAUUCUCCGUCGUUUAGAUAAAGAUGGAUUUGUUAUGAUGACAGACGGGAGGAGUAGUAAAUCAAAAGAAUUGGCUGAAAACCCUGUAGCAUCUAUGGUGUUUCUAUGGUUGGGUAAAACAACAAGCAAUGAUAACCAGACCAGACAGGUUCGCAUAGAAGGUGUAGUGAACAAAUUAAGCACAGAUAACAUGCAGGAGCUCUAUGACAUUGAACCGUUGUUUUGUAAGAUUAGGGCCCAAAUUUGUGAACAGGGUCAACCCGUUGAAUGGAAUAGACUUAAACGUGAUCAUGAUCUACUGCUUAACAAAGUGAUCAAUGAAAAUAUACCUCUUCCUAAACCGGAUCACGUAGUCGCCUACAAACUUGUUCCUAACGUGAUGGAAUUUUACGAAACUACAGGUAUGAAAAUAGCAGAUCGCCUACUAUUUGUCAAGGAUGAUGCAUUCUGGAGAUCAAAACGCUUGGCCGCAUAACUCACAUAAAAUAUUUAAAUCGUUUUUUAAUAAAUUUAUGUUUGUUAUUUUUUAAUGAUCAUGGUUUUUGCACUGACUUUGAAUGUUUUUUCAUCUGGAUAUUAACUGCACAUUCAGUUGCUUUUGGUUUUUAAAUAAAAAAAUCAAUAAUAAAAUUUACUUUUAAUGUAAUACAAGUAUUUAGUUUCAAAAUUCAUAUCAUUAUAAGGCAAAUAUCUAACAAAAUUUUAAUAAAAAUUUUC